AUGAAGGUACGCUGUUUGUUUCUUUGUUUGUGUGUUUGGUUGAAUUUGCGUGCUGGUUUCCGCCUAUUGCUUCGGCUUCCCUUGAUAUAUAUAAACAUAAAUAUUUUAUUGAUAUAUAAAUAUUUUAUUGUUAGCAGUCACCGUUUUUCUUUCCUUUCCUCUUCUCCUUUCUUUCCGAGCUCUCGCCGCUUUCAAAAAAGUAGCCUUUAA